AUGGUGACAAUGGCAGACGAAGAACACGCAUCCAAAGACUUGGGUAGAACCACAGCCACGGAUAUUACUUCUACCAGUGACAGCAACGCCGAUCAUGAGCUUCAUUUUGUCCGACGUGGUGAAGCUGUUGCGGAAGCCUCAUCAAGCCAGGAAAGCAUUGAUGGCUACGAUCCAGAGCUUAUGAGUGGUAGGACACUACUCACGGCAGAAGAAGAAAAAAAGCUACUGCGCAAGAUUGACUGGCGGUUAAUGACACUUUGUUCACUCAUCUUCAUGUUCAAGAAUCUGGACAGCAACAAUGCAUCCAAUGCUCGAAUCAUGAACAAGGGAACGGACCAGAACAUCAUGACACAGCUCGGAAUUACAUCUAACGAGUACAAUCUUGUGAAUGUGGUUUACUAUAUCCCAUACAUUGUGUUAGAAGCACCCUCGAAUUUACUCCUCAAGAGGUUUUCUCCCUCAAAGUGGCAGUCAAGAAUUAUGCUCACCUGGGGUAUCACUCUCAUGUGCAAUGCUGCCGUGAAGAAUAAGGGCGGUUUAUAUACGACACGGUUCUUGCUGGGUGUAGCCGAGGCUGGACAGUUUCCUGGUGUCAUUCUCCAGAUGACUUACUGGUAUCGCCCGGACGAGAUGUCCUUGCGACUACUCUACUUUUAUAUUUGCGGAAAUCUAUCUGGUAUUUUCGGUGGUCUUCUUGCCUAUGGGUUUGACACUGUAUCCGGGGCAGCGGGGCUUUCCGGAUGGCAAUGGUUGUUCCUCACAGAAGGAAUUGCGACCGUUCUUUUCUCAGUUGUGAUUUGGUUGCUGCUCCCAGACUUUCCCGAGACAGCCAAAUGGUUGACUGAAAGGGAGAAGAAGUUUAUUCAGGCCCGACUACCAUCUAAUGCUCCUCGUGCAAGCGAGCAACACUUUCAGCUACGUGAGGUUAUCGAGUCACUGAAAGAUCGGAGACUGUGGCUGUUUACGGCCAUUUGGGCUACCUUUACUGUUGGAACCAACGGCGUCGGGUUCUAUCAAUCAACAGUCAUAGCCAACCUCGGCUUCACGACCAUUGCUGAAGCCCAACUCCUCAAUAUCCCUAUCACAGUCUGCGGUCUCCUGUUCAUCGCGAUUACAGGAGUUACAGCAGAUCGUAGCCGGAUUCCCCGGCCAUUGUACCCACUUACCUUCCUUCUCAUCAUUCUAGUCUGUUACGGCGUUUUUGUUGCCCAUCCAAGUAAUGGUGCGAUAUACGCAGUGACGCUGAUCGGAAAUGCCUUGACUGCAGGAUGGUAUCCUGUCAUGUGGCCGUGGCGUGUACAAACAACCUCCCGGGCUACUGGAUCUGCCUUCUCUAUCGGAUUCGUCAACAGCUACGGUCAGAUUGGUGGUGCCAUUGGCCCGCAGCUGUUCCAAAGCAAGUACGCACCAGACUAUAAAGUACCCUUCUCCGUUGCCAUGGGUCUUGUGGGUGCUUGCGCGAUCUUGACGGUGAUAACGUGGUGGGUAACUCAGGACACAGAGCGUGACACAAGGCGGUUGAAGCUAGCUAAAAUUGCGGCGGAAAAAAGGGGGGAGACAAUUUUGGAGGACGUUGUGGACAAUGACUUGAAGAAUCGUUAG